CGAGAAUGGAGAGGGCAGCACAGUACUAUCUUUACCAUUUCCAGAGGUGAAAAAGCUUUGCAAACAGAGAGAAACGAAAGCGAGAAAAUGGCGUUUCCGAGAAUUGCCAUUGGGAAUUCGAGGGAGGUUAGCGAGCCAGAUGCUCUCAGAGCGGCGCUGGCCGAGUUCAUUUCCAUGUUUAUCUUCGUGUUUGCCGGCUCCGGUUCUGGCUUGGCUUUCAAUAAGCUGACAGACAACGGGCCAGCCACGCCAGAUGGGCUGAUUUCUGCAUCCAUAGCCCACGCAUUCGCGAUCCUAGUGGCGGUUUCGGUGGGGGCCAACAUUUCCGGGGGCCACGUAAACCCUGCGGUGACAUUCGGGGUUUUCCUCGGGGGCCACAUUACGCUCUUCAGAAGCAUCAUGUAUUGGAUAGCCCAAUUGUCGGGCUCGGUUGUUGCGUGUCUUAUUCUAAAGUCUGUCACAGGCGGGAUGGUGACAUCAGCUUUUGGGCCCUCAGACGGAGUGGGCCCGUGGAACGCCGUUGUUUUGGAGGUGGUGAUGACUUUUGGGCUGGUGUACACGGUGUACGCCACUGCGGUCGACCCCAAGAGGGGAGAAAUUGGGACAAUUGCCCCAAUUGUCAUAAGUUUCAUAGUGGGGGCUAACAUACUGGCUGGUGGGGCCUUUGAUGGCGCGUCCAUGAACCCCGCGGUUUCAUUUGGGCCGGCUGUGGUCAGCUGGACCUGGGCCUGCCACUGGGUAUACUGGCUCGGCCCGUUGCUCGGUGCUGCCAUUGCUGCCCUGCUGUACCAAACCGUUUUCAUCUCCACCGACACCCACCACCAACCCAUCCCUAUCUCAGACUGCUAAACAAUCAUUUUCGCCUUUCGUUU